AUCCCCUCACCUACUCGUCCUCCCUCCUCCGCCUCCCUCUCCCUCUGGGCCGCGCCGCCUCGCCGGCGGUUGCCUGCCUGCCAGUGCCAGCCCCUCCGCCUCCGGCUUCUCCUGCUCCCUCCCGACAACGCGCAACCGGGCAUGGACGUGCACCCGGCGAAUGCGGCCGCCGACUCCCUCGGGGACCUGUUCCCGCACCAGGCCGCCGCCUUGGAGAGUGAUGAGAGCAACAUAGAGUGGCUCUCUGGCUAUGUGGAGGACUGUUUUUCCAGCUCUACAUCCUACACAAAUCCUGCCUUCGCAAUAUCUGCUCCUACAAUGGCAAACCAAGGUGCUGGAAAACCGAAGUUACCACCACCUUCAUCUUCCAAUGGCAGGAGAAAGAAAAGGAGCCUGGCCUCUGUUAUGGGCAACGAUGAUGAUCAACAGUAUAUCAUCCCAUUGUAUGUUGAGCCACCGCUACUCCUAAUUGAUCAGAAACAUUGGAUGGCUGAGAGUGAGUUGAUACUACCCAAGAAAGACAAAGACCAAGAAGUUUGCCAGCAACAAGAGCAAGAACAGGAGGAAGAGAAGUGCGAAAAGGGUGCGUUGGUGCAGUUCCGACAAGAACGGCUGGUGAAGAGGUGUAGCAAUUGUUUGUCCUGCGAAACACCACGGUGGAGGAAUGGUCCAUCAGGGAUUCAGAUGCUGUGCAAUGCGUGUGGCCUGAGGCUUAAGCCAGAGAAUAGGUUCGCCACUAUUUCUGAGGAGAAUUAUGACCAAGAAACCAAGAAAGAACAAGACCCAGGAAAACGGCGAGAUAAGAAGAAGAAGAUGAUCAAGAAGACAUAUGUGAGUGAGGAGCUGUCAUCGGAGAAGCCAGAGAAGAGGUGCACCCAUUGCAUGUCCUCCAAGACCCCACAGUGGAGGAGCGGUCCUUUGGGCCCGAAGACCCUAUGCAAUGCCUGCGGCGUGAGGUUCAAGUCCGGUAGGCUGCUGCCGGAGUAUAGACCUGCCAACAGCCCGACUUUUGUGAGUUGCUUGCACUCCAACUCUCACAAGAAGGUCAUGCAGAUGCGGCAGGGAAUUGCAUACAAGGAGUGAACAAUGGCCAAGAAUUUCUCCUGAAUCUUUCGGGUCGGAAGCGUAGGGUCUCUCUUAGAUUGUAGUUUAGCCGGUUCUCAGAAGAUGAGAGCAGAGUCUGGUUAGUAGGCCUCUUUAUUAGCUCUAGCAGUGUUCUGCUUGAGAGACCGAUUUGUUAGGUGUUUUAGAUGUUGGAUUCAAUUUCAAAACCAACUGGUGGUUGCUGCAGUAUUAUCCUGAAUUGUGCUAUAUGUUUCUUGGCACUCUCUGGAUUGUUUGCAAGGUUGAAAUUGGGCAGCCUCUGAAA